CGCAGAGCAAGAGAACCGCAUGCAGGUGCAGCAGCCACUGAUCCAAGACGUCCCAACACGCUGGAACUCAACGCUGGACAUGGUUAAGCGUCUGAUCGGCAAUAAGGAUGCAGUGACAGCAGCCCUGGACCAGCACAACCACAAACUAGUGAUGCUUACACAACAAGAAUGGGACAAACUGCAGAGACUGGAGUCUCUUCUAGAUCCCUGCAAGUAUGUAACGGAAAUUCUGGGUGGGGAGGCCUAUGUCUCCUGCUCUGUGGUACUGCCUGCACUCUGCCACCUGCGUCAUGUAAUGGAAGUCACCGAAGAUGACCCUGCAUAUGUGGUGAAAUUUAAGACGGCAUUCAAGACAGACCUAGCCUCCCGUCAAAAAAAUACCAACAAUGAAUGGCUCAAGAUUGCAACAGCGCUGGAUCCACGUUUUAAAGACCUGAAGAGCCUACCCAAGAGUGAGAGACCAGAGGUGUGGACCACACUUGAAAGAUUGCUGCAGGAACAGUCACCCAGGGCCAGGAGGGCUCCACAAGCUGCUGAAGAUGGGCCACCCAAGAAGAAAAUGAGCCUUCUGGUAAUGGGCUCAGAUUCUGAAUCAGAGGAAGAGGUGAAGCAGCCUCACAGAGCUCUACACAGGUACAGAGCAGAGCCCAGCAUUGGUAUGGAGGACUGCCCCUUGGAGUGGUGGUCAUCUCAUUCAGGAGCCCAUGAGCAGCUGGCCUCACUAGCUCGCAAAUAUCUAGCCUCUCCCGCAUCCACGGUUCCAUGUGAAAGACUGUUCUCAGUCGCAGGACACAUUGUGCAAAAGAAGCGGUCAGCUUUACUGUCAGAGAACGUGAACAAAUUAGUAUGCCUCACCAACUGGCUAAAGGAAGACUAGCUAAG